AUGGCCAGUGUCGUACGCCAACCGAUAGAUAUCCCCUCCUUGGAGCGAUACAUUGAUCAGAAUGUGCCAGAGCUCAAGACUCCAUUUGAUGUGAAGCAGUUUGGCUUCGGCCAAAGUAAUCCUACCUACCAGCUAUCCACCAGCGAUGGAAAGAAGGUCGUGCUGCGUAAGAAGCCUCCGGGUAAGCUGCUUUCCAAGACGGCGCACCGAGUUGAGCGUGAAUAUCAAAUUAUCAAAGCGUUGGGACCCACUGAUGUUCCAGUCCCGGAGGUUAUCUGUCUUUGUGAGGACAGCAGCGUGAUUGGCACUCCUUUCUACAUUAUGGAGUUUCUGGAUGGAAGACACUUUACCGAUCCAUCGAUGCCCGGGGUGAGUGGGGAGGAGCGAAAUGCACUUUGGAAGUCCGCCGUGGAAACACUAGCCAAGUUCCACCGCAUCGUACCCGCAUCGGUUGGUCUAGAGCAGUUUGGCAAACCUCAAGGUUACUACGACCGACAGAUAGCGACGUUUCGCACCAUCUCUCGGGCACAGGCGCAAGUGGUGGAUGUGGAUAGCCAGGAGCCGGUAGGAGAGUUGCCCCAUUUCGACUCCAUGGUGCAGUUCUUUUCUCAGCAGGCGACGCAGCCGCGAGACCGUGGAACGUUAGUGCACGGGGAUUACAAGAUAGACAACGUGAUAUUCCAUCGCAGUGAAGCGCGGGUGAUUGGGAUCUUAGACUGGGAGAUGGCUACAGUGGGCCACCCGUUAUCGGACUUUUGCAAUCUAAGCAGUCCCUGGGCCAUGGAAGGGACCGAGCACUCGCUAGAGUCGUUCAAUGGGGGAAAGAUCCCAGGACUACCAUCUCGUGAGGAUUGCAUACGUUGGUACAGCGCAGUGUCAGGAUAUAACCCGCAAGAAGAUAUCCUAUGGGGUGAUGCGUUCUUCGCAUUCCGUGGGGCUGUUAUCUUCCAGGGGAUAUUGGCUCGGUUUUCAAGGCGACAAGCGAGCUCUGAAAGAGCAGGAGAUUACGGUCGACAGGCCAAACCAUUUGCGAUUGGAGCCUGGAAGCGAGUGCAGAGGUUACGUGGCGGUGGUAGUAAAUUAUAG